AGCCACGCCCACAUGCUGAAAUCAUCAGCACUCCUCUCGCCUACCAGCGACUGCCAUGGACGUUUUGCUGCUGGAAUAUUUCGCCUAUCCCCGCUACCUACCUCUCUUCUCGUGGAAUAUCCACUCAGGCCCUAGUGGAGUAGCUUUAUAUACAACAGCGGUAAAACAAUGGGCGCUUAUUCAGUCUCCUCUGCUCUGAAAUAAACCAUCCAGCUAUUCAUGGUCGCCUUCCUGACAAAAAUGAAAGCGCCAAACUACACUCUGGGCGCCCCCUUCAGGAGGCCGCACCAAGCUCGAAACGAUGCAAUAAGAUUGGAGUCCACCGUGACGUCACUCAAAACUAUUUUCAACCAAUCGAGAACGUCAUCAAGCCCCCUUGUGUUUAAGCAAAUUCUCUGCACUAUGACAAGAUACUGAUAGAAUGGAGGCCGUUUUUAAGAAGGAGAACUAUUGCUCAGUGAACUUGUUAAAUACUAUCUGAAGUGGUGG